AUGGCGGACAAUGUCAUGAGCACUGGCCUGUCCUACUUUGGAUGGGCCUUCCUGCCUGCGCAAGCGACGAGGAUACUGCAGAGCCUCUACUAUCGCACAACCAUCACUGCCGGUAGACGCCACCCCCAGCCAGGCGAGCCGCUCUAUGCAUACCAUCAGCGCCGAAUCCGAAUCAUUGUUCUCUGCCUCUACCUGGUCUACACUGUUGCGCAAGCACUGUACGAUAUCGAGCUUGCCGGCGAUUUCUAUACUGCCUUGGGGGUGUCGCCAGAUAGUUCAGAACGGGAGGUCAAGGCGAAGUUCAGGAAGCUUGCCGCAAGAUUUCAUCCGGACAAAGUGCGAGAGUCCGAGGUUGCUGAAGAUGUAUUCCUGCAUCUCAAGCUAGCACAAGAUACGAUCCUUGAUCCUGCGAAGAAGUUCGCUUACGAUCGUUUCGGGCCUGCGGUCGUGCGGGUUCAAACGCCCGGGCUGAAGACAACCACAGACUACGUCUAUCUGGGCUUGAAGACGAAGCUGCCGCAAUAUAUUGGCAAUGCCGCGAUGCUCAUCGUGCUGAACUACGUAUGGUUAAGUCGAUGGGGUCAGUUCUGGCGAUACUUUGCUGUUGCGGUUAUGGCUUUCCUGGAGCUGUACUUCCUUACUCACACCUGGAAUCCGCCGUCGACCGUUGUCGGGCUCGGCACGUUGGCCCAUGCGGCGCUUCCUCAGUUGCUCCCACCACAUCUCUUACCGUUCCAGAUUCUUUCUGUGGCUAGGCGUCUGUCUAUGUCGCUAAACAUAUUUAUUUCCCAGCUAGCACCACCUUCAGAAAAGAGCAAGGCGAACCCGAACCAGCACAUCCUACAGCAACUCGAGCAUCUUUCACAAGCGUCUGCAAGGGUCGAUGGGGAGGCUAGCAACAUGUUGGCGCUUCAGAUGGCACCGUUCAAAGGCAGCGCAGAGGAUACGCGAACUCUUCGUGACGGUAUGAAGGAGAGCUUGGUCAUGACCGCCGUAAGAUCAAACCCCGACGUUCUACAGGCCGUGCAGGAGACUGUUGCAAGACGCAACAGAGAAAACGAACAGCAAAGGACCUUUACUGCGGAGGAUUCUUGA